UUGAUGACGUAUUUAUGUAACGCCAGAUGACUGCGCGAAAUACAAAGCGCCAGGGACAAGUCGUCGAGGUUGAGUUGACAGCUCCACCGGGUAAUUGGCGUAUAUGUGGUCCGCACUGACCGACUCUCCUGCUCGGUGAUGGAGUAUGGAAAGGAGAGAGUGGUGGCGCUGGUGGACAUGGACUGUUUUUACGUGCAGGUGGAGCAGAGGCUCAAUCCGGCCCUGAAGAACACCCCUUGCGUGGUGGCCCAGUACAAGACGUGGAAAGGAGGCAGUAUCAUAGCUGUGAGCUACGAGGCCAGAGCCCAUGGUGUCACCAGGAACAUGUGGGUGGACGAUGCAAAGGCAAAAUGCUCAGAUCUCCAGGUGGCACGAGUGCGUGAGUCCCAUGGCAAAGCAGACCUGACACAUUACAGGGAGGCCAGUGUGGAGGUGAUUGAGGUGAUGUCUCGCUUUGCUGUGAUUGAGAGAGCCAGCAUUGAUGAGGCCUACAUGGAUCUGACGGCGGCAGUUCAGCAGCGGCUCAAAAGCGUGGCCGACAAACAAAUUGAUCCUCGCCUGCUGAGGACAACCUACGUCCAGGGGUACCCACAAAGCUCACCUGAACAGGACCCUGCACAAGAUGCUGCGUUGGACAAAGAGGAACAGAGGUCCAGAGGUCUCCAGCAGUGGCUGGAAUCGUUACCUGACUCUUUACUAGGGGAGCAGAGCUCUGCUGAACUGCAGCUAACUAUGGGUGCACUCAUUGUGGAGGAAAUGAGGGCAGCUGUGGAGAAACACACAGGCUUCCGCUGUUCAGCCGGAAUAUCACACAACAAAGUAUUGGCCAAACUUGCCUGCGGUCUGAACAAACCCAACCGGCAAACCAUUCUUCCUUUGGACUCUGUGACAGAACUUUUCAACUCUCUACCCAUCGGCAAGAUCCGUAACCUGGGGGGUAAGAUGGGAGCCUCCAUUACAGAAACUCUGGGAGUACAGAACAUGGGAGAUCUGACUCGUUUCUCUCAGGCCCAACUGGGACAGCACUUUGGAGAAAAGACAGGCCAGUGGCUGUAUGACUUAUGUCGAGGGAUUGAGUUUGAAGCAGUGAAGCCCAGACAGCUUCCUAAGUCCAUAGGCUGCAGUAAAAACUUCCCUGGGAAGACAUCGCUGGCUACGAAAGAGCAGGUACAGUAUUGGCUUCAUCAGCUGGCCCUCGAGCUAGAGGAGAGGCUGACCAAGGACAGAGAAGCGAACGGUCGAGUGGCUAAGUUGUUGACAGUUGGUGUACGUCAGCUCGGGGACAAGAGGCCGAGCAGCUUCUCUCGCUGUUGUGCUUUAGUGCGCUAUGAGGCGACCAAACUAUCCAGUGACAGCUUCGCCAUCAUCAAGAGCCUCAACACGGCAGGAAACCAGCAGGCAGCAUGGACUCCACCCCUCACGCUGCUACACCUGUCAGCUAGCAAGUUCAGUGACGCUCCAUCUGCAGGGGGAAUCACUGGCUUUCUUUCCAGUGAUGUCACUUCAACGCAGAGUGUUAGCUCCACCACUCAGUCCCCCACCCAGCCACCCACUGAAUUGAAAAAAGACUCGACAUGCAAACAACCUGGCACCAUCCAGUCCUUCUUUCAAAAGGCAGCAGAGAAACAAAGACAGAGGUGUACAAAAGAUGAGGAGGAUGAUGGUGCUGGCUCCACAGGAAGUCUCUUAUCUUUCUCCUCUGCUGCUGAUACUCAGCUGGAGACAGAUACCAAUUACCCUGAAUCUUCCCUUCCAGUUAUUUCCCACUCUAAAAAUGCUUCAGCGAGUCCCCAUUCUGGCAUUUCCUCUUUCUUUCACAAGAAGAGCCUUGAAAGAAGCUUAGAGGCCUCAGUCUCCACAUCGAACAAGCCUGGACCUUUAAAUGAAGAAGACUCUGAAGACACUGUGGCGGCUGUGUCCGAGCCAACAUCACACCAGUCACUGUAUGAAAAGUCAGAGAAUGAACCGGACACUGAUCCAGAUCGAAACCACCAUCCUCCCAGUGUGGCCAGAGAAGACCUGUUGAACUGUGAACGCUGUGGCCAGGAGGUGGCCGUCUGGGACAUGCCUGAACACAAUGACUAUCACUUUGCCCAGGACCUCCAGAAGUCACUCUCCUCAUCAACAGGUUCAGCAAACAUCUCUGCCUCUUCAUCCACCAUGUCCUCUUCAUCUCUAACUCCUCUGAGAGUGGGAGCAGAUGGCACAGCUCAGUCCUCCAGGGGCAAGACAAAACCAAGAGGCCAGUCAGGACCCCAGUCAAAAAGACCUCGCUCCCAGGGGGGAAACACCGGCACUCUGGAUUCUUUUUUUAAGAGGCGCUGAAGAACUGUUUAAGAAACCGCAUUUUUUAAACACAAAUUUUUAAUGAUGUCCAAAUGAUCAAUGUUAUUGUGCUUUGUUAUUAUUAUUAUAAGAAUGUGUAAAUAUUACAUAAAGUGUCUUUUUUGUCUUGUUUGCUUUUUAAUAUGAAGGGAAAGGCAAAAAUGUAAAGCCAUAUCUUUGUAAAGCAGAGUAUAUUAAACGUACUUUUUACAUCACAUUUAUAACAGUUGACGUGUUGUAGUCUUCUGACAUGCCAGCAGAUGUCAGCAGUCAGUUGUAUAGUCAACAGGAAGCCUUUUUUAAAAUCUUAAUAGGAAGUGUUCUUGUCAAUUCAAGGGCUAAAAAAAGGGUAAAUGUUGUUCUCCUUUGUCUUCAGUGGUGAACAUA